GCUUACAGGUCUUUUCAGAUAACACUUUUUAACUGGAAAAAAUGUUAUAAUUGCAUAUAUGUAAUGCUUUCUUGCUCCAUAGAUCUUGUAAACUAAUAUAUAAACAACGUCAAACAAUAAACCUCUUCCAAAAAUUUAAGAUAAUCUACAAAGUUUGUUCUUUUGAGGAUCUGUUGGUUGUUUGCGAGGGUGGAUAAGAGACAUGGGGAGGUUAUUUGUGGUGAAUCUUGAAGGGAAGAUCUAUAGUUGCAAGCACUGCAAAACCCAUCUUGCUCUUUGUGAUGAUAUUGUUUCAAAGUCUUUCCACUGCAGGCAUGGGAAAGCUUAUCUUUUCAAGAAGGUAGUGAAUGUCUCUGUUGGAGAGAGUGAAGAUAGAAUGAUGAUGACUGGGGUGCAUACAGUAGCUGAUAUUUUCUGUGUUGGCUGUGGAUCAAUCGUUGGGUGGAAAUAUGAGACUGCUCAUGAGAAGAGCCAGAAGUACAAGGAAGGAAAAUCCGUCCUCGAAAGGUUUAAGGUUUCUGGUCCAGAUGGAAGCAAUUACUGGGUCAGUCAAGAGGCACAGAUUGGUGGAAGUGAUGCAGAUGAUGUCUGAUUACAAUUCCAACUGUACAUUCUUUAAGCAACAAGUUUGUGGUUUAACUUUUGAAUUCUUAAACUGGGUAUUCCUCAACUUGGCACAGUGAUAAACGGCACUGUGAAUAACCUAAUUGGAAUUGGAAACAGUCGAGUGUCGAUUCCGGUUAAGUUGAUGUUCAAACUUGUGUGAUCCUGUCUUUAAUUCGAUAUCAUUUACUGUUUCAGUCA